AUGAGAGCCUUAAUACUCAACACCUCUACGAAGACGGUCGCCGUUGAGACGACACCUGACCCGAAGCCGGGACCCAAGGAGAUCCUUGUCCGUGUACGUGCUGUAGCACUCAAUCAUGUUGACUACAUGAAUACCGUAAAGCCACUUGCGACGCAAGACAAGCGUGUGGUGGGAUCUGAUUUCGCUGGGGAGGUGGCUCAAGUUGGAAAAGACUUGGAUGGUAUCGAUGACCCACGAGUCAAGAUAGGAGCACGGGUGGCGGGCUUCCUGCAAGGAGCAAACUCUGUCAAUGAGCGCCCUGGGGCAUUUGCAGAGUAUCUCGUCGUCGAUUUCGACUUGACCUGGCUUGUUCCCGAUGGUAUUUCAUUUGAAAGGGCCGCGAGCGUCAGCCUGUGCGGUGUCACUGCUGCCCAGGCCGUAUUUUAUCGACUGCACUUGCCGAGCCCAUUCUGGGAGUCAGGAGUCCUCGACAGCCAGGCUGGCCCUAUCACUGUAUUUAUAUAUGGUGCAUCAUCAUCGGUCGGCUUCUACGCGGCGCAACUUGUCAAGCUUGCUGGAAAGGCAUCAGGGAAAGAGAUUCGACUCAUCGGUGCCGCGAGCGCCUCAAAGCAUGCAUUGUUGAAGGAGCCACCGUAUUCAUAUGAUGUCUUGGUUGAUUAUCGCGAUCCCCAAUGGCAAGAGACCGUUCGCAAGGCAGCCGGAGGAGAUGGUGUCCAAUAUGCCAUAGACGCUAUCUCUCAGGGCGAUACAGUCUACAACACCGAUAGCGUCGUCCAAGCUGGCGGAAAACUCGCAAUAUUUCGAGCUCCAGCGGCAGGAGGCUUCGACAUGGCCAAGAUCAAAACGAGAACGGUUUUUGGCGCCGUUUGGGAAGCGCUCGGCGUGGAUGUUCAAUAUCACGGUGGCAUAGUCAUUCCUGCGAACGAGAAAGCAAGAGCUUCUGCUGCCGCAUUCUACAAGUUUCUGAGUGUCAGUGCUGGACCAAAUCAAGCUGUGCUCGAGCCCAAUCCGAUCCGAAUUAUGCCAGGAGGACUUGAGAAUAUUCCCAUAGACGGGUUCGCCCUUUUUGGUGCGGGAUCGAAGGCAUACACAGAUCAUCGCAGGCCCGUAAGUGGGGAGAAAAUUGUCUUUACCGUUGGGUGA